CGGAACACUCCGGGACAGGUUCCCAACGCGGUAGCGCGCCGUUGGCCGCAGUACCGUCGUACGGUUUGCGCAAGAACCAUCCGCUCGUUUCUCAUCUCGGCAUGACACUCGGCUCACCUGUCAUCGUACUGUCAUAAAGACCGAGUCCUACCCUCCGACCCGUUAUCGAUCUCACAUCUUCGAGUCUUCCUAAGUCGUCGGUCUUUCGUCUUUCGUUUUUCGAUCAAGAUACUGUACCAAGUCAUCGGGCUUGCGUGAAUAGUGAAACGAUCGAUCGAACCCAUUGAUCGCGUGAACACCGGUGAACGAUGUGAUCGCAUGGUUCCGAUGGUGUACGACUCGGCCAAUGAUCGAGAGAGUCCAUCGAAACACACCUAUCAAUGAUCUUUCAAAGGAUGGACAUAAACGCGACGACGCUCGAUAGAGACGAGGGCACGAAAGGUUUCAAUGCUGGCUUCACUCCUGGCGAUAUCGUCUUCAAAACGUAGACGUCUCAUAACGCGACUCGGUGAUUGAGAAUCGAUACGCGUGCUGCUGGAAGAAUUAUGUGACGAUCGUGUCCGUGCUUCUUCACAAUUGGAAUUUCAAGUAUCCCUUGAAAAAAGACGAAAGUCUCUUCUUAUGAGAAAGAUCUUGAAGAGAGGAUCUAAAUAUCCAGAUUUCAUUUUCGGGGCUGUCGAAUUUUUAGACAUUUUAACAGUCGCCAGGGGACAACGAUUGCAAUAGGGUUCGAAAAGACCGACGGAGAGAUACCUACUGACCUAUACUGAGAGCACAGAAAGUUCAGUGAUCACAUAACUUCACGUCGUCGAAUGUGCUUCCGCGAAGACAAUCUCGUGAGUGCGAGAAAUCAAACGGUGAGACUCAAACGUGAUUUAUUUUUCGUCGCAAAAGUAAAAAUAUCGAUGGAAGGAACUAGAUUGCAACGCUUCGACUUUUCCUUCAUUUGAUGUAAAAUAUCAACAGCGACAAUAUAACUAAAUAACUCUAAAAAGCAGCAACAAUAUUAAUUAGAGCGAUAUUAAUUAAUGCGUUCGAGUAACCUGCGUAUAAAUAAAAAAAAACAAUAAACUGUGAUAUAAAACUGGAAUAGGUGGUUUCCCUAAAUAAACCACUGCCAUCAAUUGUUAAAUUAACCGUGGACAAGAAAUCUCAUCCUUUGACGUGUGUUUAUAUGUUUGUGUGCAUGUGUGGUUUAUACGCGACGGAACGUUUGUAAUGAGAUCGGACAAGUCAACGGAGUUAAGCAUCGCUAAUUAUCUUAGAGCCGUCGUAUAAUUGCCACCAAUUAAUCAACGCGACUCUUGACGCUCCUUGUCUCUGUCGCAUUCGAGCUCUGAAUUUCACACUUCCUGCCGUCGCCAGCUCAUAUAUGGAGACAAUGAAGUGGCUUUGGAUAAUUGUCUUGGUGGCUUUGGCGCUGCCAGCUGCUGUACCUCGAAAAAUCCAUAGAAGCAAGCCGACACCACGAUUGUACGGCGACAGAGUCCCCAUCAAUUUAAUAAGGACCACUAGCAGCAAGGUACGGCAAAAGAUCGUGGACACCCACAAUUACUUUCGCACGCAGGUCAAGCCAUCUGCCGCCAACAUGCUCGUCAUGAAAUGGCAUUCGGGCUUAGCAAAGGCAGCACAGAGGUGGGCCGAUCGUUGUCUCGGUUUGGUGCAUGACAAUGCGACCGGUCUGUACCUGGACGGCUUUGGACAGAGUGGACAAAACAUAUUCAUCAGCACGGGUCGUACGCUCUGGAACUUCCCCAUCAGAAUGUGGUACAUGGAGUACAAGGACUUCAAGUACGGACCCAAUACGACGAAUGAGAUCCUCGAGAUCGGCCAUUACACGCAGGUGGUGUGGGCGACGACACAUCUGGUCGGAUGCGGGGUGAGCCAUUGCACCGGUGGCAAGGGUCCGCUCGGCAAGGAUUUCUAUAUGUAUGUUUGCAACUAUGCUCCGAGCGGGAACUACAAGGGCCGUCUGGGCUUGCCGUACGUGGCCGGAAAGCCGUGCAGCAUGUGCAAGGACCACUGCACGCAGGACGCGCUUUGCACGAACGCCUGCUAUCAUACCGAUCUGUGGUCCAACUGCGCCGAACUGCUCAGCACGUUUGGUUCGUGGGUCUGCGAGACGGACACCAAGGAAGGUCGUGAACGCCGAAAGUUCUGCGGCGCCACAUGCAAUUGCAAGGACAAGAUCUACUACCAUCACGAAGGGUAGGAGGGCUUGACUUUGGGUCCACCUCCGUGUUGCAUGAAUAAUUUAAUCGCUCUGCAAAACUAAACUCAGACCUAGUGGGUGUUACGACGGCUAAACGGCAGCAGAUCGUUUAAUGGAGGGUCGUGUUGUUUUAUUGAUGAGCUCGUUUGUUUAAUGAUGAGAGCACUGGAGGAACACUCGCGAUGUUAUGAGCUAAGGCAUCGAGAAAGGGAGAGGGUGGGAAAAGAGAAAGAGAGGA